UCCCGGCAGGGGCCACUCCCUCCCAUGGCUCCAGUGCCUGGCCUAUGAGGUGCCCUUCACCCCUCACCUUAGGCAUCUACCCCUCCAGAACCCUAGCUCUGGCAAGCAUUGCAGGCUCAAGGUGGAAAGCCCCCUGCUGACUCUCCACACUGUAGAGGCUCCCCCUACCACUCCCAUGCCUUGCUCUUGCCCUCUAAUCCACUGGGGGCUGUUGUAAAAUCCAAAAAGGCUCAUUAGUGGCCCAGGACAAAGCCCUCACCUCUCAGUCAAGCCCCCCAUGCACCCCAUUGAGGGCUAAAGUGCUGAUAAGCUGCUCCUUGAUUCCAAGGGCAAGUUCUCACAGAGCACUCCUCACCCCUGCAACACCUUUACCUGUGACUCUCCUCCAAUGACCAGGCACACCCGAGGUGCCAACACGAAGCUAAGCUUCUAUUUGCACAUGCUGAGCUGUGAACAGGGGGAUUGACUCCAAGUUUUCUGGGCUGACAGGGGUCACAGGGCGCAUGAGGGGAGAGAUGACAUGACACAUUUAUCCAGCAAACCUUUGCUGAGCACCCACUGAGUGCGAGGCCCAGGUGCUAGGUACUGGCAGGAGCGUCCUGCCCUCGGAGAUAGUGGCUGAGCUCCAAUGGAGCUUUGGAACUGUGAGAGUCUGCCCAGCCUCUGGGGAGGGUCUACUCCAGGCUGGACAUACCUGGGCCCCUGACUGUGCUUCUUUCCCUAAUAUUUUAUUAUGAAGAUUUUUAAACAUAAAAGUUGAAAGAACUGUACAUUGUACACCCAUAUACCCACCACAGACUUUACAGUUAGUAUUUUGCUAUAUUUGCUUUAUCACAUAUCUAUCCCUCCAUGCCUCCAUUCAACCAUUAACUCAUCUUAUUUUUUUUUGACUGAUGUGUUCUUCAAUCAAUUGAAGCUCUCACACUCCUAGAAGGAGGCCAGCCAACUUACCCAUUGCAACUUUGCACACAGGAGUGUCUUCUCCCCCUUGGCUCAAGCUCAGCCUGGAGCUCUACAACAAACGGGCUGUAGACACCCGGGGCUUGCCCACGGGAGCCCCACAGCCUGGAGGCUGUCAGAGAUUUUAUGGCUGUCACCCUUCCAACCUUCUUGUUUUUUUUUUUUUUAUUUCUUCAAGUCUUUACUUUGAGACAUGAUGGAAAAAUCUUACAGGUGCAUAUGGAAAAGUUAGACAUGAUCACAGUGACCUGUGUCCAGGGUUGGCCAGUCACCAAAGGCUCACACAUUGCCCUCCUAUGCACCAGGCCCUUCCCAGAUAUCAUCUCAUCAUUAAGAGUGUGGGCUUUGGGGGCUGCCCCGGUGGUGUAGCAGUUAAGUGUGCACACUCCGCUUUGGCGGCCCAGGGUUUACAGGUUCGGAUCCCGGGUGCGCACCGACACACCGCUCAUCAAGCCAUGCUGUGGUGGCGUCCCAUAUAAAGUGGAGGAAGAUGGGCACAGAUGUUAGCCCAGGGCCAAUCUUCCUCGGCAAAAAGAGGAGGAUUGGCAUCAGAUGUUAGCUCAGGGCUGAUCUUCCUCACACACACACAAAAAAAUAAGAGUGUGGGCUUUGGGUCUGGCCUGGUGGUGUAGUGAUUAAGUUUGCAUGCUCUGCUUUGGCGGCCUGGGGUUCACAGGUUCGGAUCCCGGGCAUGGACCUAUGCACUGCUCAUCAAGCCAUGCUGUGGCAGCAUCCCAUAUACAAAAUAGAGGAAGAUGGGCACGAUAUUAGCUCAGGGCUAAUUUUCCUCAGCAAAGAGGAAGAUUGGCAAGAGAUGUUAGCUCCAGGCCGAUCUUCCUCACAAAAAAAAAAUGGGCUCUGGAGCCAGAAAAAUGAAGGUUUGGGCUCAAAUGCACCACCUGCUGGUGGGAGAGUCACCAUCUCUAAGCAAACUGUCUCCUGUUCCAAGCUGAUGAGGAAUCAGUGAGAUGGUAUCUGUUAGGAUUCACAACCUGCCAGAACCCCUGUCCUGGCCACAUGGCCCUGGCCCUCCACAGCAGAGUUGGCACAGCUGGACAUUCUCUUCACCAGUCGGUCAUACCCCUGGGUGCUGAGCAGGCUUCUCUGAGUCUGGUACCCCUGAUAGCCCUGGAAGACUUCCAUGAUCCCAGCCACCAGGUGGUCACUAUAGACCUAAUUUAACCUAAGCCCUUGGUACCCAGUGCUCAACACUUGGGAUGUGAGGUAGUUCAGGGAGCCAGAGGCUAGGCUUUGGGGGGCGGAAGGAGUAAGAGCCUCACACAUGGGCUCUGUCUCAUAAGUCCAGGCCUGGGUUGAGAACCUUGGUCUAAAGAGACCCUUCUGAUUAGAGCAUGGGGUGGGGCUGAGCCCACACAGCUGGCCUGCCUCAGGCCCGGGACUUUGGCUCAAGGACAAGGAAACCCAUAAAGCCAGUCCCAAUUUUCUGGACCUCACACCUGCCACAAUGCUGCUGCUCAGCCUGACCCUUAGCUUGGUCCUCCUCGGCCCCUCCUGGGGGCAGUCCUCACCAGCCCAAUGGCCAGGCUGUGGCGUUCCUGCCAUCAAACUGGUGCUGAGCUUCAGCCAGAGGAUUGUCAAUGGGGAGAAUGCAGUGGUGGGCUCCUGGCCCUGGAGGUCCCACCACUACUGACCCCAGGACAGCAGCGGCUUCCACUUCUGUGGUGGUUCCCUCAUCAGCCAGUACUGGGUGGUCACUGCUGCCCACUGCAAUGUCAUCCCUGGCCGCCACUUUGUUGUCUUUGGAGAGUAUGACCAAUCAUCCAGCGCUGAGGCUCUGCAGGUUCUGUCCCUCUUGUGGGCCAUCACACACCCUUCCUGGAACCCCAGUACUAUGAACAAUGACCUGAUGCUACUGAAGCUCACUUCCCCAGCCCAGUACACAGCAUGCAUCUCACCAGUUUGCCUGGCUUCUCCAGAUAAGGUGCUGUCUGCAGGCCUCACAUGCACCACUGGCUGGGGCCACCUCAGCGGCAUGGCCAAUGUGACCCUGGCGUGCCUGCAGCAGAUGGCGCCCCUGGUCACUGUGAGUCCGUGCCAGCAGUAUUGGGGCUCAAGUAUCACUGAUUCCAUGAUCUGUGCAGGUGCUUCAGGGGCCUUCUCAUGCCAGGGUGACUCCAGAGGCCCUCUUGUCUGCCAGAAGGGGAACAUGUGGGUGCUCAUUGGCAUCGUCUCCUGGGGCACCAGCAACUGCAAUGUGCAUGCGCCUGCCGUAUACACUCGGGUUAGCAAGUUCAGCACCUGGAUCAACCAGGUCAUAGCCUACAAGUGAGCCCACCACAGGCCCCUCCCCAUCUCAAUCCAAUAAAGACCCCAGGCUCUGGCCUCUUGUGUAUUCUCGUCUGUCCUCCUGCCUCAGGGGAAAGGAGAGGCUCUUGGGGGUCCCACUCUCCACUUGGACUUUGUCUUCUGGCACAGCAAGUGUUGAGGAGUCAGGAUCUCCCUAAAGUA